UCACCCAUGUUGGUACUAUGAGAUGAAGUGAGAAGCAUAGCAUCAGUCUUGCUUUCGCACCUUCGUUGAUUUUUGGACCGUUUAAUUUUAUACCUAUAUUCAGCGCGUAUUAUUUUCAUGCGCGUUGAGCGAGUUUGUUCCGUCGCAUGCGCAUACUGUGCCUGUGCAAGAAGCGCACCUUUUUAAUCCCAGUCUCAACGUAUUUGUUUGCUAAGAGUUUCAACAUGAAAAAAUACGAAAUCUUGAGGCAGAUCGGGGAAGGAUCCUUCGGGCAGGUGUAUGAAGCUAAGAAGCGAUCGGACGGUGAAAUCGUGGCCUUUAAAGUGAUACGAAAGCGAGGCAGGUCAUUUAAAGAGCUGAAGAGUCUGCGCCAGGAGUGUGAGAUUCAACGUCACUUGCAUCAUCCAAAUAUCGUGCAGAUGAUAGACUCCUUUGAGACAGACAAUGAGAUCGUGGUUAUAACAGAAUAUGCAGAUAAGGAGCUCUAUGAGAUACUGGACAAAGAAGGCAGGCUCUCCGAAGAAAGAGCGCAAGUAAUAGCCGGUGACCUGGUAUCGGCUCUUUACUACUUACAUUCGAACCGUGUACUGCACAGGGAUCUCAAGCCGCAAAAUGUUCUGUUGGAAGCAAAUGGUGUGGCCAAGUUGUGUGAUUUUGGAUUUGCUCGUAGUAUGAGCACUGGUACUCACGUACUUACAUCGAUCAAGGGAACACCAUUGUACAUGGCACCAGAACUCAUAGAGGAAUGUCCGUAUGACCACAAUGCUGAUUUAUGGUCGUUGGGUUGUAUAAUUUAUGAACUGGUAGUAGGUUCUCCCCCGUUCCAGACGACUUCGAUACUACAUUUAGUCAAAUUAAUCAGAUUCGAAGCGAUAAAGUGGCCCGAUUACAUCUCAUCAAAUUGCAAGAGCUUCUUACAAGGAUUACUUCAGAAAGAUCCCACUCAGCGAUUAACCUGGCCCGCCCUUCUCGACCACCCAUUCGUCAAAGAUCGGAUUCUGAUAGUGGGUGGUGCCGUAUCUACUCCGUUUACAACUCCGUUAUCCGCAAGUCAGGCGAGAGCGAAGCAGCAACAGUUGCAAAGUCUGGCAAUGCGUUCUGCAAAUCAAUCCAAAUUUGUGGAGAGAGCAGUUCAAAAAAUGCAGGAGCAAGAAGGGAAGUAUCGUCAACGAACGUGCCUGUCGCAACCAGGUUACUCAGUUUCUCCAGCUUACUGUCAGUACGGGAUCGACCAUUGUCAAGCCUUACGUCGUAGUGAACCAAGUGGCACUGACUCCAGCGCCAGCGUGGAUGUACUGUUAGGAAAUCUCAGCCUGAGGGCAUCUCUGAGAAGCGAUCUUCUAGCUGCUGAUCAUGCUGUAUGUCAGAAUGACUGUCCGCAUAGCGCGAACGUACAGGAAAAUUUCCCAACGGAGGCUUACUCCAAGCCUGUUCAGAAGCAAACGACCGACAAUUAUUCAGGACGGCAAGCUGAUAUGGAAAUGCAUCAUGCUAAUGCCCAGGGUGAUGGAAUUAACGUGGGCCAACGUGCAGAAAAAUCCUCACAGGUGGAUCAGGUGCAGGGAGAUGGCGAUUGCAAGCAAAGCUGUUUGAGUAUUGACUACGAACAGGAGUUCGGUGAGAAGAAUUCGAGCAAAAAGCACGUCAGACUGCCUGACUGGGACCCGAAAGCGGUGGAGAGACCGAUUGAGAACGAAGAAUGGAUUGCGUUUCUGCAAAACUCGAUGGAGGAGAUCAUGGAAGGCGAGGUUGACUCGAUGUUGCAACAGAACUGCGUUUCCGUGUUCGUUUCUCCCCUGAGAAAUCCGGCAGCCAGUUCUCGAGUCGUCGAAUACGUGGCUUGUUUAUUGUCGUUGCCGUUCACCGUGUCGGUCAACAAGGAGAAUCUCGAGAAGAUCAAGCAGGUUUACUUGGACGUGAGAGUAGUGCCGAAUCUCGUUUACGCGAUAAAACUGCUUAUGUCGGAGCGUUCUGAGAAUGAAUCAAACACGGAAACGAGACCGGCAUCUUCAUUGUCCGCGGAUGAGCUCCAAGCGCUCGAAUAUUCGAUGCUGGUCCUUUGUAGAUUGGUUCACGAGAGGGACCAAUUUCUCAUGCAGUUUUGCGACGCCAUUUACAUCGUGAAUGGAAUGCCACUUCUGCAGCAACUGCUGACCUUGGAAAAGAGGAAAGCAAGAGUCGUUGCGGAUCUCGUUGCGAUUCUGAACAACAUACUACGGUCUCAACCUGAGUAUGCCGAGCUGGUGGAAGCAGUUGUGCUGCGUACAAAAACUCCAGGAGUUUCGGUGGAACAGUUCAGGAAGCUCCUCAGUCAUCCACGAGCUAACUUGAGAAUGAGAACAUGUACGAUGAUCAGACUGUUAGGCAGAUUUUGCUGCAGAGCAUUGCAGCAGGUGUGGGACAGCUCGUUGAAAGAUCACAUUGAGAGUUUAAUCGAGGACGAGGAUGAAUCCGUACGAAGCGCCGCCAAGGACGCUGUAAUGGAAUUGAAACAACUGACGUAUUAUUACAAUUAGGAACAAUCCUGCCAGUUGAUAUUAUCUCACAGGAUGAAACGAGGAAAAUACUUUUUAGGGACCAAACUCGACUCUAUUGUCGCUUAAAUAAGCCUUAUUCUGCCUUGGCAUGAUGGGACUAAACGCUUUAUUUUUAGACAGACU